AUGCAGAUACUCCCAGGACCCAGGGACGGAGAAGCAGAGCCACUGGCCGCGGCGUGCGCGUGCGGCCCGGCUCGCCCGUCCUGCGCGGCGCGGGCGUUCGGCUUGCACCUGCGCGAGGAGGCCGAGGCGGGCCGCAAGGCCGUGGCGCCGCAGUGCCCAGACUGCGGGGCAGCGUACGUCGGAAAGUGGGGGCGUUGUGCUUGGAUGCGCACUUGGCCGAAUUCAAGCGCAGCCCGAGCCGGCUGCUGGCAGAGCCGCUGUUGCGGCACUUCGAGGCUCAGUACGGGCGCGACAGGCCAGAGCUGA